AUGUGGGCCAAUUGUUUUGUGGCAGGAGUUAUUGUUUGGACACUCGUUGAAUAUUCUCUCCAUCGAUGGGUUUUCCAUUGGAAACCCGAUCCAAAAUCGCCUCCGCAGAUAAUUCUCCAUUUUCUUCUCCAUGGUCUACAUCAUAAGACUCCCAUGGAUGGAGAUCGCUUGGUAUUCCCUCCAGUGCCUGCCUCCAUUUUAGUUGCAAUGUUCUAUGUGAUCUACUCGAGCAUCCUUCCAUGGCACAUUUUCUGUGCGUUCGGCAGUGGCAAGUUGUUCGGUUACAUCGGCUACGAUAUGAUCCAUUACUAUCUCCAUCAUGGAAGCCCUCGCCCCUUAACGAAUAUGCACUAUAGAAAGGUCUACCACCAUAACCAUCACUUCAAGGACUUUGACGCAGGUAAAAAAUAA